AUGUCCGAUCCUACUUGGUCAGCACUGGAAUCCAAUCCAGAAACAAUCAACCAGUUCCUUCAAAGAAUUGGUGUGGAUAGCCUCGAGUGUGUUGAUGUCUUCUCUUUUGAUGAGGAGAUGCUGGCUUUUAUCCCUGCUCCACAUUUAGCUUUGAUUCUCUGUUUCCCAUAUGAUGAGGGCAAAGAUGUUGUUGCUGAGUCAUAUGAAGUUCAGAAAAAACUUGGCCGUCAGAAGGACCAAGAGGAUAAAGUCUUCUUCAUGCACCAGAGAAUUCACAAUGCUUGUGGAACCUUCGCGUUGUUCCAUUCACUUGCAAAUCUUGACGAAGUUGUCGAUCUUGGAAAAGGAUACUUCCGUAACUGGCUUGAUAAGGCUGUUGACAAAAAAGAAGAUGAAAGAUCCGAUUUAUUAGCUGCUGAUGGCGACUUAGCUGCUGCACAUGAACAAGCAGCUGCUGACGGUGACACUGAGCAAUCGGAGAAAGUCCCCUACCAUUUCAUCACAUAUGUUUCCAAAAAUGGAAAUCUUUAUGAAAUAGAUUCGUCAUCGCCAGGACCUCGUUUCAUAUGUCCUACGACUUCAAACACUCUUUUGAAAGAUGCUGGAAAAGCUAUUAACGAGUUAAUGGAGAAAAUCAAAAGUCCAUCUUUCGCUGCCAUGGCUCUUGUUGGCAAACAAUGA